AUGGGGAAACGAGGGAGUUGGUUCUCUGCUUUGAAGAAAGCCCUCGGUUCUUCUAAGAAAUCCAAAUCAAAGAAGAAAUGGUCAGAAAAAGAGAAGAACCCGGAUCUAGCUGUUUCUUCAUAUGAAGAAACCGCUGUAUCCUCUCUUUCUCCUCCGCGUCCACUACCUCCUUCUACAGAUGUGAAAUUAUCUGAAGCUGAGAAUGAGCAGAGCAAGCAUGCGUAUUCUGUGGCACUUGCCACUGCUGUGGCAGCGGAGGCAGCUGUUGCGGCCGCCCAGGCUGCUGCAGAGGUUGUUCGGCUUACUACAACGACACGUUACUCAGGAAAAUCCAAGGAGGAAAUAGCUGCAAUCAAGAUUCAAACAGCAUUUAGAGGAUACUUGGCAAGGAGGGCAUUGCGUGCUUUGAGAGGGCUGGUGAGAUUGAAGUCAUUGAUACAAGGACAAUCUGUCAAACGGCAAGCGACUGCCACAUUACGAGCUAUGCAGACUCUUGCUCGUGUGCAGUCUCAGAUUCGUGCAAGAAGGAUCAGAAUGUCAGAGGAGAACGAGGCCCUUCAAAGGCAGCUCCAGCAGAAAUGUGACAAAGAACUUGAGAAGUUGAGAGCUGCUAUUGGAGGACAAUGGGAUGAUAGCCCACAAUCAAAAGAACAAGUUGAAGCCAGCUUACUGCACAAGCAAGAAGCUACCAUGAGAAGAGAAAGGGCACUGGCUUAUGCAUACUCGCAUCAGCAAAAAUGGAAGCACUCUUCAAAAUCAGCAAAUGCUACAUUUAUGGACCCAAACAAUCCUCAUUGGGGAUGGAGUUGGUUAGAGAGGUGGAUGGCAGCCCGACCUUGGGAGAGCCGAAGCACAGUAGAUAACAAUGAUCGGGCCUCAGUUAAGAGUACAGCAAGUCGUGCCAUGUCUCUUGGAGAAAUCAGCAGAGCUUAUUCUCGUCGUGAUCUUAACCGUGACGAUAAACCUUCUCCUGGUGUCCAAAAAUCGAGCCGACCUCCCAGUCGUCAAUCACCUUCUACUCCCCCUUCUAAGGCACCAUCUACAUCUUCAGUAACGAGGAAAUUAAAGCCACCAAGCCCUAAAGGGAGUGCUUGGGGUGGAGAUGAGGACUCCAGGAGCACAUUCAGUGUCCAGUCUGAAAGGUAUCGGAGACAUAGCAUCGCAGGGUCAUCAGUAAGAGAUGAUGAGAGUCUUGCAAGUUCACCUUCAGUUCCAAGUUACAUGGCAUCCACACAGUCACAGUCAGCGAAGGCAAAAUCCCGCUUGCCCAGCCCAUUAGGGAUAGAAAAUAACGGGACACCAGAUAAGACAUCGGUGGGUUCUGUAAAGAAGCGGCUUUCAUUCUCUGCUUCACCAGCUGGAGCAAGGAGACAUUCUGGUCCCCCUAGGAUGGAAGCAAGUGCCAUUAAAGACAUUCAAGUGCACACAGAAGAGAAAAUGAGCAAUGGAGUAAGCAGCAGGUAG